AUGAGCCCUCACAAAAUUGAUAUUUUGCCUUCACCUGCAGCCCUCUCGUCAUAUGGCAUCUCAAAAAAUGGCUUUUUGCCCGCGGAUGCACCUCUUAGUAGGUUACCACACGACUACUAUCAGCCAUGGGAAAACAUCAUGAAAGACUUGCCGGUUCUCAUUGAGAAACAGCAGAUUAGACAGCGCAUAGAUGAAUUGCCUACCCUCGAUACUUUGCAUCUGGACAGCGAAGCAGAAUGGCAGCGAGCCUACUCAAUGCUUGCUGUUUUUACACAAGGAUAUGUUUGGACAGGGCCAGAGCCAUCAGAGCGACUACCUCCUGCAAUUUCAAUCCCCUUCCUGGAAAUUGCCGAGCGUCUUGAGGUGCAUCCCAUCGCAACAUAUGCCGCGUUGAAUCUAUGGAACUGGAAGCCACUCGAGGAGGGCGCAGAUCUCACGCAACCAGAGAACAUGGUGGCAGUUCAUACAGCGACCGGUACCGACGACGAAUCAUGGUUCUUGAUCAUUUCGAAUGCCAUGGAGGCCAGAGCAGGGCUAUUAAUCCAUGGAAUGUUAGCAGCCAUGGAAGCAGUCGAGCGCAACGAUUUGCCAACGAUCAUCUAUGGCCUAGAGUACUUCAAACAGAGUAUGGUGGAGAUUGGAAAACUUCUGGAACGUAUGGAUGAGCGAUGCAACCCCCAAGUGUUCUACCACACAAUUAGACCAUUCUUGGCGGGUAGUAUGAACAUGGAAGCUGCAGGUCUGCCAAAUGGUGUAUUCUAUGACGAGGGUGAGGGGAAAGGAUCCUGGAGAAAGUACCGCGGCGGCAGCAACGGGCAGAGCUCACUGCUACAAUUCUGCGAUGCCGUACUCUCAGUCAACCAUUCCCGGUGCGGUGGCUUCCACGCAGAGAUGCGCCGCUAUAUGCCAGGCCCACAUGCCAGGUUUUUGGACGACAUCGAGGCUAUCGCAAAUAUCCGCAGUUAUGUCGACAACCACCAGGAUAACACCGAGCUCCUCGCAGCCUUUAACGAAGCAGUCGCAGCUCUCAGUGGGUUCCGUGACAAGCACAUCGCUCUGGUAACCAGAUACAUCAUAAUACCUAGUCGCAUGGCCAAACCAGCACACAACAUCAAACGCACAGAUAUCGCUUCGGCAUCUACUAAGAUAUCGUCGGAGAAGGGACAAACACUGGAACUAAGGGGCACCGGAGGCACUAAGCUGAUUCCAUUCUUACGAACAUCGAGGGAUGAGACCAGUGAGACCGCAGUCGCCCGUUGA